AUAUUAUAAACCAGUUUUAUAGGAUCAAAGAUUAGGAAUUAAGAUCGUUGUUAUUUUGAGAGAAAAAAUGGCGGACAGAAAAUAAGAAAAUUAGAGAGACAAUAAGGAAUAUGGCACUUCUUUUAACCAUUCUGAUGUUUUGUAUCUACAAUAGUGAUGCAGCAACACCUACCGGAUGUACAGGGGAUAGUUCCGAUAGCUCUAUCAUUCAUUACACGUGCGACAAGACAAGUAUCGGUGGAUCUAUCAGUUUCGCUGGAUUCACAGAUUCUGAGCCACAGAGGCUAACCAUCUACAGCGCCAGUGGUACAGUUUCCGCGGGAACAUUUAGCGGUUUCAGCGCAUUUAGUGGUGUUAACUCUGAUUACCCGGCUACCCUUCAGUUCCUAUGUACAGGCUCACUUACGUUUUCUACAGGGACGUUCGGUGAUCUCGGGUAUUUUGAGGAGGUUUUUAUCAAAGAUUGUACUACUUCCUUGAUUGCCAGUAUGUUUAAUAGUCUUGGAACGGCAAACAAAGUAUCGAUCAGUGGCGGAACACUUUCAACCAUUGAUGCUGGCACCUUCACAAGCCUCGACAUCACACCAAUAUCCACAACAGCAAGUCCAAGAGGAGAAUUGAGCAUCAAGAACGUAGUACUAACGCCAGGAACAUUUCCCUCGACAUUCUUUAAUCCACUGACGAAUAUUAAAUUCAUAUAUUUGGAGAAUCUAGGCCUGACAUCUGUUGAUGCUGCGUGGUUCAGCAGUAACACAGCCCUCGUAUAUCUGUCUCUGGCUAACAAUCAGAUCACAACACUCCCGAGUACUAUGUUUGAUACAACAUUGGCGUUACUGUAUAUCAAUUUACACGGGGCUCCUUUGGAUUGUACAGAUACUAGUACCACUUGGUAUUAUGAUUACACUGUAGCCAACAACAUCACCUUUGACGGAGCAGCUGUCUGUUCCACUCCAGCUGCUGAACAAUAUAAAAGUUUAACAGUUUGGGCACAGGCGUUUGCAACAUCAACUGAUGCAUGCAAAGGGGAAAUGGGAAUAGUAGUCGGCGGCUCUUGCAUUGGUUUAUUCCAGUUGAUCUGUUACUGUGUGACAUUUGUGUGUCUGAUAUUUGGUAUCGUUGCCCUUAUACUGGUAAUAUAUCUACGUCGCAGUACAUUGAGAGCGAAGCAAGACAAUGGAAGUAAGGGAAACCAAAGGCAAGAGAAGAGGAAAGGAGGAAGACGGGAGAAAAGAGAUUCAAAUGCAUGGACUUAAUUAUCAACUUUGUAUCUAAUGAUACAUGUAAAAGACAAAGACGUUUGAGAUUAUCCAUUGGACACGCUGAACAUUUUAUUUGUUUCAUUAUUAAAUUACUUUUACUCAUGAAUUUUUCCAUUGGUUAUUAAAAGGUGAAAUUGUCAA